CACUAAACUUACAGCGUGCUUCUUGUUGGUUGUCGUACUAAGUCGAAAUUUUAAACUGGUUUCGUAGUCUCAGUAGAAAAGGAUGGAAAAAAAAUCGAGAAAAGCUAGCGCAAACCCACGCAAGGAAACGUUUGAGCCGCUACCUGUAGAGAGCAAAACCCCAACAACUGCAGUGUUGUUGCUGAGCUCACCAGAGGAGGACAUAUUAUUAAAAGCGUGCGAAGCAAUCUAUGCAUUUGCAGAAAAAGGAGAUGAGAACAAGGUUUCUCUGUUAAGACUUGGGGCAUUGCAUCCUCUCUGCAGGCUCAUAACUCACAGCAACAGACUGGUCAGACGCAACGCCCUCAUGGCCCUGGGCAUUAUGGCCACCAAUGGUCAUAUAAAAAGUGCUCUGAAAAAAUUAAACGUCAUUCCGUCAAUUGUAGAAAAACUCUUUGCUGAAGAGGAGACAGUUGUCCAUGAGUUUGCGACACUAUGUCUUGCCGCUCUGUCAGUGGAUUUUGUCUGCAAGGUCCAGAUCUUUGAGAACAAUGGCCUACCACUUUUAAUCCACCUCUUAUCCAGCUCAGACCCAGAUGUUCAGAAGAACUCAGUCGAGAUCAUCUUCAACUUAGUUCAGGACUACCAAAGCCGCCAGGCAGUACAUAAAUUAGGUGGGAUCCCUCCACUUCUGGAGCUGUUGAAGUCAGACUUCCCUAUCAUUCAGCGUCUGGCUUUAAAGGUGCUGCAGAAUAUCACUACUGAUGGAGAUACAUGCAACUCCUUUAGAGAAUAUCAAGGAUAUGAGAAGCUCAUGGAUAUCCUCAAUAACAUGAAUUUAAGUGACCUACAUGCUGAGGCCUUACAAGUAGUGGCUAACUGUUUGAGUGAAAGUGAAACUAUACAGCUGAUUCACAAUGGUGGUGGACUGACAAGGCUGAUGGAAUUCAUUCUCAUCCCCAAUUUGCCUCAGAUCCAGUCCACUGCAGUAAAAUGCUUUGCUAGGAUGGCUCAGAGUUGUGAGAGUCGUAAAUUGCUCCAUGAGCAGGGUGUAGAGAAAGUGCUGGUGCAGCUUCUCUCUGUAUCUGACGUCAGUGUGAUGGUAUCUACCUGUCAGGCUGUGGCUGCUAUGAGCUUCUACCCUGCCAGCAAAGAAAGCUUCAGGGACUUGGGUACUAUUCCUGCUGUGGUACAAUUCCUGAGCAGUGAAAGCUUGGUGCUGAGAGAGGCAGCGACACAAGCCCUCACAAGCCUCACACAUGACAACCAACUCAAUGCCCUUGCAGUAUAUGAGGCAGGGGGGCAUGAGAUCCUCAUCCAGCAGUUAUAUGGAAGCUGUCUAAAGACAGUGGCCUAUUCUGCUGCCACACUUUGCAACAUAGCAGAACAGGAGAUUACCCGAUCCAGCAUCUUGUCAUAUGGAGCCAUAGAGGCCCUGGUUGAGCUCUUAACGUGCAAAGAUACAGAAGUUCUAGUCAAUACCAUUCUGUGUGUAGCAGCACUGGUCUGUGAUAAAGAAGCCAGGACAAAGCUGCAAAGAGCUGGAGGCCUUCAACCUUUGGUCAGUCUGCUACGUUCCAAUCACAAGGACGUGCUGCACAAUGCAUGCUUUGCAGUGAAUGUUUGUGCCAGCGAUAAGCCCACUGCUGUGGAGAUGUGCAAGUUUGGAGCUCUUGAAAUACUUCAGGAAAUCAGCCAGUCAGUAAAUCGAAGAAACAGUUUCAGCGAGUUAGCCAUGGCCAGCCUGCUGAAUUCCAACUUGUCUGUUAAAUACAGCCUGACAGGACAUUUGUCCUCCACCGAUAUCAUUACUGAUGGCUUCUACGAUGCUGGGAAGGCUUGUUCGAGUCAGAGGGUUCUGACUUUAGAAGAACUGUCCAAGAAGCCAGUGGACCAACACCGAGCCAUAAUUGUUAUCAACAUUGCAACAGAAGAGUCAGUAGAUGUGCCACAAGACAGACAAAGCAACCGAUCAGAAUCAGAUGUCAGCAGCAAGAAAGACCAAAGAACAGCAAGGAGAAAAAAAGAGGAGGACAAACAGAAAAAUCAGGCCCACUGUGAGUCUCCAUCAUUGAGAGCACAAAACAUGACUGGAGAUGUCUCCUUGCAACUGCUGGUGAAAGAGGCCAAGGAAUCCAUCCUCCCUCUGAAUGAUGAGCGAAAGCAGUAUGCUGCCCUGGCCAGGCUGGUGAGUGGAGCCAUGGGUGGAGAGGUGCCAGUGGAAAAGCUACAUGAAUUCUCAUGGGUACUGCACCUUAGUGAACUCAAGUUUCAGCUCCAAUCUAAUGUUGUUCCCAUUGGUUUGAUCAGCAAGGGAAUCUACUGCCAUAGAGCACUUCUGUUCAAGUGUCUCGCAGACUGCAUUGGAAUGAGCUGCACCCUGGUAAGGGGUGAGUACAACCGGGCAUGGAACGAAGUUUUCCUCUUCAGUGAGAAUCCCUCCAACAAUCACAGCUCUUCACCUCCCUCCCUCUACAUAGUGGAUCUCAUGCACCAGCCUGGAAAUUUACUGGCACUCAAUAGCCCCGCUGCCCUCAAGUAUCAGACUAUAUAGAAAAUAUCCGUUACUUCUGCUGCAUUUCAUGUGUGUGGGAUACACCACAGCUUCAAAACAUACAAUGAGAUAUCUAGCCUACAUUGGUUAGAUAUUUACAUGCAAGUGCAAGCCAAAAGUAAAAAAAGUUUGUUUCAGAACCCUUACCACAGAUAAUUCCCAAUAG